UUCAAAUGUCAGCUGCUCCAGUGUAAUGAGGAAGGUACUGCAUCAGGAUGAUAUCGUUGAGGUGAAACUGCUGAUUUUAUUUUGGACAAACGAAAUAGUUUUCCGCUGCAGCAAUAAUGAGGGAUAGGCUGGAUCAUCUGCAGACCAUCUCAGAGUCUAACAGCCAGCUGGAGGAGAUGGAAGCAGACUCUUUCAGCAAUGUGGACCUGGAGGAGAGUUUCAACCAGCAGGCUGUCAUUUUUAACAAUAGUGAUGAGAUGGAGUCAGUGCUUGAUGAAGCUCAAGAGACUAGGCGUGAGAUUCAUCUAAUCCGUCUUGAGGUGAAGCGUCUCAGGGAGCAAAACACGCGUCUACUUAGUGAACCAACUCGCACAACUCAUGUAAAGCGCAAUGCUAAUGUUAUCGUCGGUGACAUCAAGACCCGUGGAGAGGAUGUUCUGGCACGCCUUCACAAGAUGGAUAACCACGCUAAAGAGCUUGAAGAAGAGCACGGUGUGAACUCGGCUGUGGCGAGAAUUGCCCGAACACAGUAUGCCACCCUGAGCAACAACUUCCGCGACACAUUGACAGAGUACAACGAUGCAGAGAUGAGCCACAAGGAAAGUUGCAAGCUUCACAUCCAACGGCAAAUGGAGAUUGUGGGCAGAGAUGUUUCAGGCGAGCAGAUUGAUGAGAUGCUGGAAAAUGGCCAGUGGAACAUCUUCAGUGACAACAUUAUCUCAGAAGGCAAGACGGCUCGAUCUGCACUCAACCAGAUUGAGAGCAGACAUCGGGACCUGCUGGAGUUAGAAAGUCGACUCAAGAGCCUUCAUGAAGUGUUCCUGGAUGUGGCUAUGCUUGUAGAGGAACAGGGACCCAUGACAGACUACAUCUUAAACAAUGUUCAGAAAACCGAUGCUUUUCUUGGUGAAGUCCUUGUUAAACUGGAAAGAGCCAAGAGACAUGACAGUAACAACCCAUUCAAGAAAAUGUUCUGUGGAUGCUUUCCAUGCGCAAAGAGUUGAGGCUGUUGAUCAGAAUCCGUUGAGAUCUUAAUCCUCCAAGACUAAAGCUUUCUUAUACCCAUCCAAAUCUAAGAGAUCACAAAACCUUAUUGUUCCAGUAAAACAGCUGAGAGGAAUUUAAGUGAAUACAAGUAAAUACAUAGACAUAGAUAUAUUUAAAUAGUUACACAUUUUAACAUCAUAUUCAUACACAGUAAAGUUAAGGAUCUUUUUAACUGAUGUUAUGGCUGAAAUUGUGUGGAAUUAAAAGUUAAACAUACCGUAUGCAUUACCUUUUCCAUCCAGAAAAUAUUUUUUCAUCCAGUUGCAUUCUUAGAUAGUGGAAAUACAACACACUAUUUGUCAUUUGUCAUUGCACUUUCUUGCCUAUAUGUUAUAAAACCGGAUUAUGAAGCAUUUGCCAUGUUUUGCCAUAUUUGCAAAUCAAGUUGUUUUGAUUGUCUUGUUGUUUUUCAACUUAAUAAUUGGUUUCUCUUGAAUACACAAUAUGCAUAAUGUCUGAAUUAUUUUAUUAGUCAAA